AUGGCGCAGCGGCGCACCGACCUGGCGCAGCCGUGCAACUUCGUAGCGCAGGACAACUGCUGGAAAAAAUAUAUUGAAAGCGAACUAGAAGCUGCAAGAAGAUGGUCUCGCAAAUGGGGAUUCUUGAAAACACCUCUUGAGGAGUUGAUUGAAGAUGAAAAGAAAGAAAAUACAAAGCCCAAGAUACAGCUUCCAGAACAUCUGCAGGUUCAACCUGUGACACCUGUGGAAAAAUACAUUAAGGUGAUUCCAUCUCCUCCAGUACCUAAGACUACCCAGGGAUUUAUUGGCUGGAGAUCAGCUGUUCCAGGGUUAGAACUUGAACGUGGUUUUCAAAUCCAAAGCUGCAAAGGUACCUUUUUUAAGGAUUUGAAGUGGCCAUGUGAGCCCUCUGACUGA